AUGGCUAUAUCUAAGCAACAAGUGGCAGUCAUUGCUAAGAUAGUCUCUUAUAAUCCAGCUACUUGGUUUCUUGCCUGUGAAUCUGAGGCCCUUAAGAUUCCAGAGAAAGAUCGAGUCGAAUUCGGGAAGAUACUACUUGAAGCAAUGGACGUUUACAAGUCCAAAGUUCAAAAUGUCAUUCCGAUAUUGAAGAGAGGACCAAACCUCAAUCCAGAAGUCAACAUUCGUGCGUGGGCUAUGAUGCAUGCAAGAUUCCUUGCUCGUUUGUUCAUUAAACAUCCCACGCUGUGCGAGCGAUUGUGCGUCAAGCUUUCCAAUGAGACUUAUAACCCAGGAUGGCGAUGCCAUGUCAAGAAGUUCAAGGAUAUAGAAGAGCACAAGAACGAGAUAGAGGAACAGGUUGAGGCGGCUUGUCGAGAAAGUCAGUUAUUCUUCAGCACUCACUCAGGAUACAACUUCGUCAUUACAAAUCACAUUGCCACUACCCAUAAUUCUCAAUUAAAGAUGCAAAAUUAUCCUCGAUUUGAAGCUCAAAGUCGCCAAUUAGCUGCGCAAUCUUUGUUAGCUUUAUCUCAGAGUGAUGAAGCUCAACAUAAUCAUGAUUCUAUCUCAUCGAGUCAUGUACCUCCUCCUCAAAUCACGCCUCUUCAAGUUAACGGUCGUCAUGACCAAGCGAUGACUUCCAACUCCAAAUCUCACAACGGCGAAAGACAAUCCAAGCACGUGAGGUUUGCCCUCGCCCUCGAGAAGAGCGCCGCUGCUGAGCUUGAGGCUAUUAGUAGGAUGAAUGGGAACUCCUUUCUUCGUACUCCUCAAGAGAAAGCCUAUCAGUUAAACCUGGAGCGCGAGCUUCAGGCGCAGAUUGCUUCUCAGAAUGAUGAUUUAUACGGUGUCAGCGACGACGAACGUGGUCGACCCACGAGCGCGACAAAGUUGAAUAAUGGAGAGAGAACUGCAACAUCUAGCAGUGUUCGCAGAACAGAUGCAACGAAAUCUGCCGUCAAUCCCGAUUCUGAUAUUGAGGAGGAAAUCCAGCUCACUCCUAGCAUUAAUGAUAGCGAAGUCAGAGCUAGUGAAAAUCGACAAGGAUUGGGCAGCAGACGAAGUCUCUCGUUAUCUAACAUUCAAGAAAGCACUUUGAACAAGACUGCAACUCCUAAUCGUAGUCUUGAGAUCGAAGACCACCUUGAAAACGAGAAUUCCUCUCCUGCAGAGUCUGUCGAUGGGGAUAGCAAUGAACAUUUUUCUCUUCGUGAGAUGAUUGAUGCUAUGGAGUUCGUUGCAGAGCACCCUUGGAUCUGCGAGCACUUAUUAGUCGAUCAUGUCUGGGAUGAGUACAAGCUCUUUCAUGAGUACAACACGGAGGCUCUGAAGGUAGCAGAGGAAGAGAUUGAAGAAUCGAACAGGGCUAUUGCAAAAGAAGCUACACCCUCUACACACAAGGGGACAGAAGGCGGUCCAUCACAUAUCUCUGUACAUCGCACACGUAGUGCCAGCCAAACUUCUCGUUCGCCCAGUGCACCUCCCUCUCAUCCUACAUCUUCAUCUCAUUCCGCACCUUCUGUUCGUCAAGCAAACACAAUUGAUGGGACUAUCGCAAAUAACAUGACUGCCGCUGAAGAGGAGCAGGCGAUUACUGCAGCUGCCAAAGUUGGAUUUGUGAAUCGUAACUUUCAACUCCAAGUUGCGACGGUUUAUCGUGCGUUGGGAGUGGUUCCAACAGCUGCAGGCCUUGUUCCCUCCAUUAAUCCACCUCUCAAUCGUGUUCCAUCAUCUGAAAGCUUUAAUCCUACCAACAAUGCACCGCCACGUCGAGAAAGAUCAUCUGAUAGAUCUGCUUCUGGCAAUAGUCAACCUAAACGUCGUUCGCGGUCAUCGAUGGGUCGAUACAAGGCAACUAAUCCUGUUGUCGAUAACGAUACCAUCAUUGUUGAUACAUCUUCACGUGUACCGGCCUACGUUCACUUUGUUCCUAAUCACAUCGCGCCUCCACGUCGUGGUCGAUCAUCUGAUGAAUUAGUUCCUGUUUAUGCUGCACCUAAGCGUCGUUCUCAAUCAAACAUCGGAGAAGCAAACGUGAUUCAUGGUACUGAUGUAAAUCCCUCCACAAACUCUGAUAGAGCAAAGAAGGGUCUCACUCCUACUAUGAAUCGGGCCCAAAUGCGUGAACAGCUGCAGAUCGCUGCCGUCUACCAAUCACUCGGACGCCAAAAUGAGAUGUCUUCUGAAAAUUUCGGAAAUGAUGGAGCUAGGAUUGAGAUGGAGGAAGAAGUACAAGAAUUUCCUUCCGCCAUUCAUACUCUUACACCUGAAAAAACACGUCGUGGACGGGAUGCUGGUCCGUAUGAGAUACCUCGUGAUUAUCGUAUACCAUCAUUUGAACUUCAAGCAAAUGUUCCUGAGAUCUUUGCUCAAGAUCGAUCCCUUAGCAUGCACGGAGGAAUUGGUGCACCAAGAGACUUCGGUUUCAACUCAUAUGUAAAUCAGAACAUGGAUUUUUUGCCCGGUCUGACAGCUCAUCGUCGUGCAGCUACUUCCACUGGUCAAGAUCAAGAAGGCUUUAGUGCCAAUCAAAUUCGCACCGAGCAAGAGAUAGGACUUGCAGGACUUAGUUUCUCUGGUCCUGGAAAUGGCAGCUUGAAUCAGCAAGUCCCUGGAAUUUCCGGAUUAUCUCAACCUCUUGCAGCUCUUGAUAAUCCUCAAGAGGAUUUUUGGAUCAAUCGCGGUAAUUUUGGUGACUUUGGACCAGUGGGUAUGGAUCUAAAUAUAGAUCUAAACAUGGAUCUAGGUGCAGAACUUCCCCCAGCUCCCAACUUCAAUGAUAUCCAUGGCUUAGGAAAUCACUUUGCUGAUUUGAGGGGCAACUAUAAUUUUGAUUUCAGUGUUGAAAAUGUGCCAUUUACCGGCCUAAUAAGAUCUUCUCGUCAUCUUGGUGCUUUCAAUCCCGAUGCCAUUCCCUCCAGUUUCGGUGGUACGAAGCAAUCUUUUGGAAGUGUCAAUCAAAAUGUUGGUGCUAUGAACCAAGCUCCCGUUGGCCUUGAAGGCAUGGAUGAGUUCAUGUUCCAUAAUACACCUCUGGCACAAAUAAAUGCCGGUUUUGGCGUUGGUAACAUGAACCAGUCAUUUGAUCAACCUGAUGGAAUGGGUCCAGUCGAUGUUUCGGAAAUACCACGUCGAGAAAGAUCUGGUACAAGAAGCCAGCCAGGAGAAGCGCUCGUUCCAGUAACACCUAAUCGGACUCGUGCUAGUACUAGAAGUCAGAGACGGUAUGACUUGUCAGCGAGAGGUGGUAACUACUUCCGAUUCCAGGAUACCGAGUCGGUUGACGGAGAAGAUGGAGAGGAUGAAGAAGGUAAUGAGGAAGAUGAUGCUGAGGAAAUGGAAGAAGACGAGGAUGAUGAAGAUGACUUUGAAGAGGAGAGCCCUAGUAAGAGAGCACGUCACCCCAAGAAUUCUUCCAGGGGUUCAACUAGAAAUCCAACCAGAAGUCCAGGCAAAGCUUCCGCCAAAGACUCUGCAAAGGGUACUCCAAGAAAAUCAAGAAAAACCCCCGUCAAGAAAGGUCCCAAGGUUGCAUUUAAUCCUCGUCCAGCCUCAGCUCCUUCUACCCUUGAUCGUGGUCCACCUCGGAGAUAUCAUCAAACUACAAUAAACAUCUCGCCUGGUGCUCGGGGUCCCCAGCUUAAUCUCGAAACUUCUGGGCGUCAGAGAAGAUUACCAUUUACGACUGUCGCUCAGGAUAGGGCAGAGUUUAAGAAGGAAUUCGAGAUGGACCCCGAGGAUCCGGAUUUGUGA